AUGACAAGUAACCCUGAACUAAGUUUGAGGACCCCAAAAGCUACCAGUUUAUCCAGAUCAACUAGCUUCAAUAGAAAAGAAUUUAGAGAAAGAUUCCAAUUUGCAGCUAACAUUUAUAACUGUGAUGAAACGCGGUGUACGACUGUACAAGAGUGUCCUAAAGUAAUAGCGAGCAAGCAUGUGAGUCAAGUUGGACAGGUAACUUCGGCUGAACGUGGCAGUCUUGUGACAGUUUGUUUCGCUGUGAACGCUCUGGGAAAUGCUAUUCCAUCAUUUUUCAUAUUCCCUAGGGUUAAAUACAACGAAUCCUAUGUAGCUAGUGGACCACCAGUCUCGCAAGGUGACUCCUAUCCGAGUGGAUGGAUGACAACCAAGAGUUUGUCUCUCAUCACUCAUAAAUCGAGGCCAGACACAUUUAUCCUGAAACAUGUAAAAGGUACGAAAACACAUCGUCAAACCCAGAGACUUGCAACUGAAAUACAAGAUUUAUUGCAGAGCACAGCUGAAGAGCUUUCCACUCGGUAUCUUUUGAUACCAAGUGGAAAGCGCAGUAAAGAAUUAUCAUCUACAUGGAAAAUUCCCAGCAGAAAAUCGCGGAGUUAUUGUUGGACAGAAGAAGAAUAUGCAAAAGAUUCUAAUCUCAUAGUAUCAGCAGUUUACCAUGGGCUUUGCAACACGGAUUUCCCAACGGAAAGUAAUCAAGUUCGACUCAUGGCUGACGGUUGUUCCGGUCAGAACAAAAACUCUAUGAUGAUGGCAAUGCUUUCGAAAUGGCUCACAAAAGAUGCACUAGCUCACAUACGUUUGGUUGAAGUGACCUUUCCAGUAGUGGAUUACUCUUUUCUUCCACCAGAUAGUGUUUGCUUGUAUCGAAAAAGAGCUACAGAAAGUCGAAAAUAUAGUUAA